CCGCCCCGGAGCGGGAAGCCCCGGAGGCUCACGCCAUGGCCUCGGCAGCUGGAGGCAUAGGAGGUGGCGGGGGCGGCAAGAUCCGGACUCGGCGUGGCCACCAGGGGCCACUUAAACCUUACCAGCAGGGGCGACAACAGCAGCAGGGCAUUCUCAGCAGGGUUACAGAAUCUGUCCAGAAUAUUGUGCCGGGAUGGCUACAAAGAUACUUCCGCAAGAAUGAAGGUGUAUGUAGCUGCCCGGCGGGCACCAGAGAGGUGGCACAGUGCCCGGAAAACAGGGAAGAUGACCACAUGAUACAUGCUGGUGAGGAGAACCCUCCCUUUCGUGAUAGGAGAGUCCCUCCUGAGCCACCAGUCAGGGAUACAGAAGAACCCGCAGCAACUAGUACUGCUUCAGAUCAUCCAGCUGCAUUAACAAGGCCUUCUCUCCACCGGGGCCAUCUGAACUCCUCCACGUUGGGACCUCCUGCGUUACACUGUCAGCCCUCCACAUCUUCGGCAUUCCCAACUGGCAGUUCCGGAUUUUCCCUCGGAAAGGAAAUUCACGAUGCUACCUCUCAGCAUGAUGACGAUAACAUCUCAACCACCAGCGGUUCUUCUUCAAGAGCUUCUCACAAAGAUAUCGCUGCUUCAAAGAACACUUCAGUGCCACCUCUGCGUGCUCAUUCACUCUCACAGCACACUGCCACCAGCUCAGAAAAAGCAGCAUUCAAUUUGCCUGUCUUUGGAACACUUUCUCCUUCACUUGGGACUUCUUCAGUUCCUAAAGCAAGUCAGCUUGCACAUUCUCCUUUUUGCCCUGGAAAAACGACAUAUGGUGGGGCAGCAGCUGCUGGAAGACAGUCUAAACUACAAAACACACCCUAUCAGGCACCAGUCAGAAGACAGAUGAAAGCUAUGCAACUGAACACACAAUCCUACGGUGUGACUAGUUUAACAGCUCAGAGGAUACUGCGGUCUUUAGAGAAGAUGUCAAGCCCUCUACUGGAUGCAAAAAGAAUUCCAUCUGUUUUUUCUUCUCUGAAUUCCCCCCUUGAUAGGAGUGGGAUAGAUAUCACCACAGAGUUUCAGGCCAGAAGGGAAAAGGCGGACUCUCAACGCCCCACUGUUCAGAGAUUCUUGAUUCCAAAGCCAGUUUCCAGAGCAGCAAAUCGAACUGUUUAUUUUAAACCAGCUCAGACCCCAUCUGGUGAAUUAAGGAAGACUAAUCAAAGAAUAGAUAAAAAGCACAGUACUGGAUAUGAAAACAAUAUGACACCAGGACAAAACAGACAACCACGAGAGAGUGGCUUUUCUUACACAGAUUUCAGUGUGUCUGCAGCCAAUGGUUUGUCUUCUGGAGUAGGUGGUGGAGGUGGGAAGAUGAGGCGAGAGAGGAGGCGCUUUGUGGCAUCUGACCCUCAAGAGGAGGAGGAAAUGGAAGUCCCGGUAUUACCGAAUACCUCUCUACCCAUCGCCGGUUCUUCACUGCCUACCUUCAGCUUUAGUUCUUCUGUGAUGACCUCUCCAAACAGCACUGGCAGCCCCUUGCUUAGAUUUUCAUCUCCAAUCAUAAAAUCUACUGAGGCAGGUGUACUAUACCUCCGCCAUCUAUCCUGUUACAAUUAGGACUAAUCUAAGUCAUACUGAAUUUAGUUAACAUGUCUCUUGAAUUGACUUUAAUCUAGAAAAGUUGGACGUUUUUAUGUCCCACAAUUGGAUUUACAUUUAGU